AUGACUUCCCAAGCUAUUGUGGUCAUGGCGCCGCAACGAGCGAACUUGAACAACCAAACAACAUCCGUCUUUCUCGCGGGUGUCACAACAAGCACAAGAGAGCCAGAUUGGCGCCAAGCCCUCACGGAUGCGUUGAGCAACCAUCCCGUCGUAAUCCUUAACCCCGAUCGUCGCGACUGGGACAGCACAUGGAGAGAAGAUUUCUCUGACAAGCGUUGGGCGGAGCAGGUCUUGUGGGAGCUGGAUAUGCAAGAAGCUGCAGACAUCAUUGUUUUCAUGUUCCACGAAGCCACAGAAGCGCCCAUCAGUCUCAUGGAGCUUGGUUUGGCAGUCCGGACAAAGUCGGUCAUUGUCUGCGCACAUCCUGAUUACAGAAAAAGAGGCAAUGUUGACGCAGUCUGUCGCAAGUUUGGCGUACAGUUGUUGGACACACUGGAGGAACUCGUGCGUUGUUUGAUCACAAUGUUGGAUCAGAGGUCAAAGUGA